AUGAAUGGAUGCCUCUCUGCUGCUGGAAAUUUAGGACAUUCUAUAGCGGCCUCUGAAAUGGCAACAGCAUACAGCAUGGAUCUCGAGCGCGAUGCGCAGAAAUAUGCGAAUACCUGCCCAUCCAAUGGCUCUACUUGGGCAUCGGGCAACUAUACCGGUGAAAAUUUCGGAAUGGUUCCGUCCAAUCCCACCUCGUCUUAUUUCAUAGCAGUUUACCAGGCAAUAAAGUCAUUUUGGGAUGAGAUCAAGGUAAACAGCAUUCCCGAAUCAUUGGUGUUUACUGAAUCUCCUAUAACACCGCGCAGAUUCACCCAA